AUGAUUCCUUUUGUUCUGCGCUCUGCAGCUUCUAUCAUGCCCUCGGCCCCAGGUCUCCCGUCCUACGUAGCAUCGGCUGGAUUUCCCACCUCUGCCUUCUCUUCUUAUUACCUGCCACCAUCGACCACUCAGGAACCUCAGCCCGCACUCCAUGAUCCAGUUCUCAACAUCACCUUUCCUCUCAACCUCACCCAUCCCGACACAAUUCCUGGCGCAGCCCUCGAUCCUGUUGUUUUCCCGGAGCCCAUUGCGAAUCUGACUUCCGAUGCUGUCGAAGCUCUUUUCAAUGCCAUCGUGGCAAACGUCUCCGCCAUCAUCGAUGGUGGUGGUCCGGAAAGCAACUGCUCGAAAUGCAUCACCGCACUGCAACUUGCCAAACCAGCUGCACUCUACGCUCCUUCCAAACUUCCUGAUGCCAUGGUUGAUCUUUGCAAGCAAUACCAACUCCAUUCGAACACCAAGUGCGAGGAAGACUUCGCCACCAACACAUUCGGCUCCAUCUGGACCCAGGUAUUGAGAUUCGCAGACCUGGACGGAUUCGACGCCAACUACAUCUGCAACUCGUUGAGUAAGGCUUUCUGUCCCAAGCAGAACACUGCCCCCUUAGACAUGGCCACGCUGUUUCCGAAGCCAAAGCCUGCUGAUGCUACCGCGCCCAAGCCCAGCGGGAACAGGGUCAAGGUGUUGCACAUGUCAGACAUCCAUCUCGAUCCGCGCUAUUCUGCCGCAUCUGAGGCCAAUUGUUCUGCGAGCAUGUGUUGCCGAUCCAACGUAGAGAACUCAGCCCUCGGUUCCGGCCAAAUCUCAUUCCCUGCUCCUCUCUUUGGAGCUUACGAGUGCGAUACACCAUACGACCUCAGUCUCGCUGCCCUGCAAGCUGUUGGUCCGCUGACAGGCACCUGUAAAGAAGCCCCCUUGGGCUGGACAGUAUACACGGGCGAUCUCGUUUCACAUGACCCGCAGAGCCAGCUCUCCCGGGCUUAUGUUGAAUACACCGAGACGAGCGUCUACACCAUGUUCAAGAAGUACUUAACCGGCCCAGUCUUUGCCGCGCUGGGAAAUCAUGACAGCAACCCGGAAGCCAUCGACUCUCCUCACCGCCUUCCCGGUCCGCUCGGCCAGCAGCAGUCGUGGAACUAUGACCAUGUUGCGGCUCUGUGGCAGCACGAGGGUUGGAUUGGCCCCGACGGAGCCGCUGAAGCACGCCUGCAUUAUGGCGCCUACAGCAUCAAGAAUCACUACGGCCUGCGUAUCAUUACCUUCAACACUGAUUUCUGGUACAAGUCGAACUUCCUGGCAUUUAUCAACACCACCGACCCCGACAACUCUGGCAUGUUCAAGUGGAUGAUCAACGAGCUCCAAGCCGCCGAGGAUGCAGGUGAGCGCGCGUGGAUCAUGGGCCACGUCCUCUCGGGCUGGGACGGCACGAAUCCUCUCCCGAACCCGACAGACCUGUUCUACCAGAUCGUCGACCGCUACAGCCCUCACGUCAUCGCCAACGUUUUCUGGGGCCACACCCACGAGGACCAAUUCAUGAUCUACUACGCCAACAACGGCACCGUGCGCGACGCCAACCAUGCUCUCAUGUCCGGCUGGAUCGGGCCUUCUGUCACACCCCUCACAAAUGUCAACUCCGGCUUCCGGCUGUACGAAGUGGACACCGGCACCUUCGACGUCAUGGACGCCUGGACUUUCGUGGCGAACGUCUCAGUCUUCCCGGACUUGAGCAGCACGGGGCCGACGUAUAGUCUGGAGUAUUCGACCAGGGACACUUACGGCCCUGCUGCCGACUGGCCCGUCGAGGCCCCGCUCAACGCUACCUUCUGGCACCGCGUGACGGAAGCGAUGGAAAAGAAUCAUACGCUUGUUAGCAUUUUCAACACGUAUCAGGUGUUCUUCGCGGAUGCGUGCUACAGGCCCCGCACAGCCACGGCCAUCCCGAAUCAGCAUAUGAACCCCUCCACUUCCCCCCAAUCGUCGUCUGUACACUCACAAUUUUCCAUCUUGCUUCGCCCAAGAGCACACUGGCCGCCGACAUCAUUUUCAAAGCCUGCGCAGCGAGGAUCCGUAUCAAGGGGUAGAGCUCGUGAGGCUGAAGGCUUGAAUCCGGAUGAUCAAGCUUCCGCCCCAUGGACCGCCCCCACUCGCGGCCACUACAUCCGAUUGGGGAAGGAGGAGGAGACGGCGAGCGCCGGCGAAACAGACAGCUGUCACAACGUAACCUUCAAGUCUUUCAAGCAUCUGCUGUUGCGUCCCACCGUCGACAGGCACGAUCCUGGCCUACAACGCCAUGCCGGCCCGACUUCCAACGCUCUUCGGAGGUACAUGCUAGGCGGACCAGAAGAGGACCCGUUCCCACUCUAUGCAAAAGAAGCCCGGAAUCACACUUAUAAUUUGGAGCAAUGUGAACAGACUUCAACGUCAGUCCAAGGCAAACGACGCGAAAGGUCCGCCUCCGUCCCACAAGGUGACGCCAUCGAAGGAGGCGCCAAGCGCCAUUGUUCCACACUCGCCGGCACCGAGGUCAAGAAGGACUUUGCCUGCCCGUAUCACAAAAGGUUUCCACGGCAAAGGUUGCCCUCCAGCACCUGCUCGCAUGGGUUUCCAAGUUCAACUAGAGUGAAGGAACAUCUCUUCAGGACGCACUCACUUAAGCAGUCUCGAAGCAAAAUGCCUGUACAUGAGAUGAUGUUUGGCCCCGAGGAAGACGAGACCUUUAAGAAGAGAUCCAAACGGAAUUCGUCCGAAGCGGAGAAAUGGACAGCCUUCUGGCGUGUACUCUUUCCGGACAUGGUGUUACAAGGAAUCAUCCCUUCACCAUAUCUCGACGACGAAGAUGCGUCUGCCAUGGAAAAUGGCCAGCUCGCCAGCUUCCAGGCGCUGCAGUAUGCGACGUUACCUGAGAAAUUCCAGGAACGCUGUGCCGAAGUGAUGGCUCGCCGGGGCCUUGAUGACAAGCCCGGCGUGGACGAACUAAUCGAUAUGCUCUCCGGACUUAUGCGCGAUGUCAUGAAGGAAAACGGAUUCUGCACUACCCUCGAAGACGACGUGCGAGUAAAUACAUCAACAUCGUCUUCAUCCACGCCCGUUACCCAGCGGCCUUAUCCAGCGGUCGCAAGCUCGACAGCGGCGGGCGGAUCAUACACCGGAUUCCAGGCCGCGAACACGGCGCAGCACAAGCUACGGGGCGGCUCCUUUUCCGCCAACAACUACACCCCCACAGCAACGUACCACCAGCCCGAGGACCACGUCAACCAUCUCCCUCUUCCUCCUCCCCAGGUACCUGUCGGGACAGCCACCAUCGAUUCGGGCUACUACUCUGCAGAGAUGAAGUCAUCGUUCGGGUCGUCGUCGUCACCGUCGCAAACCCGUGCGCAACGUCCUCUCCUCGCUGACCCAUCGAAACACUACCACGGUCGCACCCAUCCAGCCAUCUCCUCCAUGGACCACAGCAACAGCAUCCCUUGCAACGACACCAGCCAUGCUGCUAUUGUUACUGCUACUACUACUACUGCUGCUGCUGCUGCUGCUGCUGCAAACAACUAUCCGAACUGGGGCUCAGACGACGACAUGAUAGCGCUGAUCCCACAGCAGCAACAGCCACAGGACUACUCGUCAACGGAUUUCGCUGGCAGCUGGGCGAAUGGUGAUGGUGAUGGCGAUGACGAAUAUUUCGAUGUGAACGAGUUUUUUAACGAGCGGUAUGAGGAGAUGCAAGGGGCAUCGGCAUCGGCGUCGGCGUCGGCGUCGGCGGUGGUGGCGGUGGCGGUGGCAGCUGGGCAGCGGAGUGUGGGUGUGGAGGAAGCCGCUACGCCGAUGAGGUGA